AUUAACACCUGAUUAGGCUUCCUCAGGUGCGCCAGCGUCCUGAGCAGUCCGACCGGCAGAAUGAGGAAUGCUGGUCCGCUCUCUUGUAUCUCAUUGCAUCAAAUACACAUCUGAUAGAGGAAUAGCCUAAAAAGUUCCACUACGUCCUGCGCAAUUUUUUUUUUCUGACGUUCAGUAGGCAUCCCGUUUGGUCGGAGGGAGGGGCACCAUGAGAACUGUAGCUCAAAAGAUGCUCCGGACCUGCAACAAAUUUUUCUCUAGAAAAACACCUAACGAUGUCGUGGAGGGGCAUCCGUCUAACAUUGAGACUGCAGCACAUAUGGACAACAUCCAACAUUUGGCCAGUCCUUCACAUCAACCCAAUCUGGAGGCAGCUAGAGAGCACGUUCACCAUGUGGAGGCAGUAUUGGAGAGGGCGCAUCAUGGGGGUGGAUGGCUUCUGUCUGGCAUCAUCUGCAUCAACAUCCUGAUCCUGGGCUGUGCUCUGGUCAGCGGCAGUGCCUUCAACAGUGUGGCCAUUACUGCUGUGCACAGGCAAAUCUUCCUCAUCGUUCUCCUCCUCCUCACAAUGCUGUGGAUGCUGUUUUACACGGCCGUCACCUCUCGGAUGGACCAAGCCAUCGUGUUCAAAGAUAGCCAUGCUGGCCCCGUGUGGCUCCGAGGUGGAUUUUUGGUGUUUGGGCUUCUCAGUCUCCUAAUGGACAUCUUCAAGAUUGCCACCUAUGCGGGGUACCUUCACUGUGACUCUGCUGUGAAAGUGGCCUUCCCUGUUGUGCAAGCAGUGUUUUUGAUUGUGCAGACCUUCUUCUUGUGGACUCAUGCAAAGGACUGUGUACAGCUGCACACCAAUUUCACGAGGUGUGGACUCACUCUUACGCUUUCAACAAACCUGGUGGUGUGGAUGGCAGCCGUGACAGAGGAAUCGCUUCACCAAACAGAGAUUCCUGACCUGUAUGUAAAUGUCUCACACAAGAUGUACAGAGCCAACUAUGGUGACAAGUGUAAAUGCAGCCACUCUGCGUGUGACACCUUCAAAGAGGCCUUCUACUACCUGUACCCCUUCAACAUAGAGUACAGCCUCUUUGCUUCGGCGUUGGCCUACGUCAUGUGGAAAAACGUCGGCCGACUUGUUGAGGACCACAGCCACCCUCGUGUCAAAUUUCGUCCCAAGGAGGUGUGUUUCGGACCUUUGACGGGAAUCCUCCUGGUGGUCGCAGGACUUGUAACAUUCAUAAUGUAUGAGGUGGACAUCCUAACAGAGGACGAGGAGAAAAGAAACUUGGCUCUUCUCAUUCAUUUUGUCAUGAAUAUAGUGAUAGUGAGUCUGAUGUCCCUCGCCACCGUGAUCGGCUGCAUCGUCUACAGGCUGGACCACAGGGAGCACGUGUCGGAGAAGAACCCCACUCGCAGCCUGGACGUGGGGCUGCUGGUCGGGUCCUCGAUCGGCCAGUUCAUCAUCAGCUACUUCAGCAUCGUGGCCCUUUUGGCGACGGGGGCCAGAGGCUACCUGAACGCCCUCAACCUGUCCUGGGCGCUGCUCACGGUGCUCCAGCUCGGCCUGCAGAACUACUUCAUCAUCGAAGGCCUCAAUCGGGAGCCCUUUCACGUGAUGCAGGAAGCAGCUCUGCACACCAAUGCCCACGCCUACACAGAGAUGAGUAACAGAUCCACCUACCGACUGACUUCAACUAAAAAUAAGCUAAACUGGAAGAGGAGAAUACUGAAGGAGGUCUCUGCCUUUCUGCUGCUUGCUAACAUCAUUCUGUGGAUCAUGCCUGCCUUCGGUGCCCGUCCCCAGUUUGAUCAUCCCACCGAGAUAAAGUUCUACAAAUUCACCAUGUGGGCUGCUAUCGUCAAUAUUGGCCUUCCUUUUGGAAUCUUCUACCGCAUGCACUCUGUCGCCAGUCUCUUUGAGGUGUACUUGUUUUCUUAGAUGGACUUUAUUUGUUAUAUUUUAGCAUACAGAUCAAUCCAGUACAGAGUUAUUUUUGUAUUAAAUUUUGUAAUUUAACUUGUUCUAUUAAAAGAAAAUCAUGUUGUGUA